UUGUGGCAACAACUUCAAUCAAGACAUGUCGCCAUCGUGGUUUUUGAGUCCUUCCUAUUCAUUUUUGUCAUGGUGUUAUCUCUGUUUGGAAAUCUGUUGGUCUGUUACGCUGUAUACCGAAAUCCUCGACUACGAUAUCCCAGCAACUAUUACAUCAUUUCCUUGGCUAUGACCGACAUCUUGCAAGCGCUCUGCACGAUGCCACUUUCCGUUGUUUUUCUGUCAACCGGUCAAUGGCCAUUCGGAAAAGAAUUAUGUUACUCCUCCGCCAUCACCAAAUUUGUCCUGACCAAAGCAUCCAUAUACACUGUUAGUGACAUUUCAAGUUGUGUUACAUCAUGUACGGCUUGACAAUUAUUACGUGUUUCGGUCAUGUGACGUUGUUGUUGAACUCGGACUUUAGAACGGAAUUUGACUCGAGACUUGUCGAGAUUUUUAUGCGAGAUUUGUCGAGAUAGUUUUGUGUUUUUGUUUGUGAAGAUUUACAGUCUUGGAAUAGAAGUAACAUUUUGGUCCUUCGGAAACCGGAUAUUCGCAUUGGUGUAAUAAUUGGACUCAUCGGAACCAGUAUUGUGGAAUUUGCAAGGGACUCGUUCGAACUUGGAAACAUUUGGCGGGAAGUCCAUCGAGAACUGAAGCUGGAGGAAUUAUGGAUGGAAAAAUAGAAGAGUUAAAGAAAGAAAAAAGAACCCUCAAGACAAGUAUUACGAAGCUUCUGAACGAAUUAGCUGCGGAAUUAUCGACGAAAACGCCAAACAAGGAAAAUGUCACGGCAAAACUGCAGGACAUCGACAAGCGACGGGAUGAAUUGUUGGAGCUGUUGGACUCGCUUCAAACCUUGUACGGAGAUAAUAAGCAUGCAUCGCUGGCAGCUUCAACAGGUGAUGAAGCGGAUAAAAUGAUAGAUCGUGUGGAUAACGAGACACAGGAAGCUCGGCUUUUCUUAUCGCAAAGUAACAGCAAGGAAAGCGAAGGAAAUAACACAAGCCAGCUGGGCACAUUUGAGAGCGCACAUGGCAAAGAUGGUCACGUGGUCGACGCAAACAAACAGCUCGAGCGGAUUCGAAUCCCAAAGUUUUCGGGCGACAAGAAAGAAUAUCAGUCGUGGUGGGCAGCGUUUUCCAGUUGUGUGGAUGAAACAAAUUUGUCGGCUCAGUUUAAAAUGUUGCGGCUCGAAAGUUGUUUAGUAGGAGAGGCGGCCGAAACGGUGAAAGGGCUUGGUUACUCGGAUCAUGCCUAUGAAGCAGCUAAGGCAAGGUUGAAUCGAAAGUAUGGGGGAAACAGGCGACAGGUUCAAGCCCAUAUCGAUGAGCUACGUAAGAUGAGGCCAAUAAACGCUGAUAAUCCGAGAGAGCUAGAAAGAUUUGCCGACAUUGUGGAGAGGACUGUGGUUUCUUUAAAGGAAAAUAAGAAGUUUGCUGACCUGGAAGGAGGAACAUUGUACGCAAUUGUGCUGGAAAAACUUCCUCAAGCUCUACUUAGCCAGUACUAUCGAUGGAUUAAAGAAAAGGGAAGCUUGGAGUCUCUUGAAGAGCUGCGUCGCUGGGUUGCUGAGGAAGCUGAGUACCAGGUACAAGCAUCAGAAAUUAAGCAUGGUUUGUCCAGUGUUGGAAGUGUACGAGGAAAGAGCUCAACUAAGUCUUAUUUCGGGACCACAGAAGAGAAACGUGAUCGUCCCUGUAAAGUGUGCAACCAAAAACACCCAAUUUGGAAAUGUGAUAUGUUCAAAGGAAUGGAACAUAGAAAGAAGUGGGAGACGGCGAAGAAGCUUGGACUGUGUUACCGUUGCUUGGGGAAAGGGCACCUUGGUGACUCGUGUACUUGGAACAGAGAGUGUGGAAUUGACGGAUGCAAGGACAGACACCAUCGGUUACUUCACGAGGAGAAAGUAGCUUCUGGGACCAUGGAGGGGAAGGCUGACACACGCGUGACAGAGGAAAACAAGUCCAGUACGUAUGAAACAGUGAUAGAACAUGCACAGAGGAGUAUUGCCUUGCGUACUGUUCCUGUCAUUCUGAAACAUGGGGAGAGACGCUUGCAAGUUAAUUGUUUCUUGGACGAAGGCAGUGAUACGUCGUAUGUUAAUGAGGAUGUGGUAGAGGAACUGGGGUUGUAUGGUAGGAAGGAAAAAGUAAUUAUCAAUGUUGCAAAUGGACAGAAGGUCAAUUUAAUGUCAGCAACCAUGGAGAUUGGCUUGGAGAGUCUGGAUGGUCGGGUGGACACAGUCAUUGUAGCGAAAACAUCUAAUAACAUCUGUGGUGGGAUGAAACCCACCAACUGGCUGCAAAUCAAAGACCAGUGGAAACAUUUGAGAGACAUUCCUUUUCCUAAGCUUGGAAAAAGGAGUAAAAUUGACGUGCUUAUUGGUUCAGAUUAUUACAACCUGCUGUUUCCUAUGAAAGAGGUUCGUGGAGGCGACAAUGAACCUAGUGCCAGACUGUGUCCAUUAGGGUGGACAGCAAUUGGUACCAUUGGUACAUCUGAGGGACUUGGAACAAGUAACACUGGCUACCUGAACACCUAUCGCAUAAGCCAGUCAGAGUGUAGUGAUGGAGAUCUGAAUUAUCUGCUGAAACAAUUUUGGAGCCUUGAGGCUAUUGGGAUCACACCGCAGGUGGAGCAACCACUUUCCCCUGAAGAGAAACUAGCCUUUGAUAAAGUGAACGAAUCAAUCAGGUUUGAUGGUGAAAGAUAUGAAGUUGCGGUGCCUUGGAAACAUGAAAGACCAGAAUUACCGCCAAACCGACAGAUGGCAGAGAAACGCCUUCACACAGUUGAGAAGAAGUUAAUGCAAGAUGAGAAGCUGGCACAGGCUUACCAAUCAGUGGUUGAUGACUACUUAAGUAAAGGAUAUAUCCGAGAAGUCCCAGAGGAUGAGCCAAAACCACCAUCAGAAUGGUUUCUUCCACAUUUCCCUGUGGUAAGGCCAGAGAAGGCCACAACCAAAGUUCGGGUUGUUUUCGAUGGCUCAGCUCAGCAAAAUGGAAAGAGUUUGAACAGUGAAUCGCUACCGGGUCCUAAGUUGCAAAGUGACAUUGUGAACGUUUUAGUUAAGUUUAGAAAAGAGCCAGUUGCAUUGGCUGGUGAUGUGAGCCAAAUGUAUCACCAGAUACUUCUUAGACCAGAAGACAGGGCUCUGCACAGAUUCUUAUACAGGAACUUGGACAGUGGGGGUACACCGAAGGUUUAUGAGUUUAAGAGGUUUAUUUUUGGGGGGUGUUACUGCCCAUUUUGUGUCCAGUUUGCUUGGCAACAUCAUGCCAGACUUCACAAGGAGACUUACCCAUUGGGAGCUAAUGCAGUUCUAGAACACUGUUACAUGGAUGAUCUGAUGCCAUCUGCACCUACAGUGGAUGAUGCGAAGGACAUAAGAAAGCAGCUAACCGAACUAGGGGACUUGGCUGGUUUUCACAUCCGCAAAUGGAUCUCUAAUGAACCGGAUGUAAUUGCUGACAUUGAGGAAGAAGAUCUUGCUUCUGAGAUAGACUUGGAGAAGAGAGAAUUGCCAACAACCAAGACCCUGGGUGUCCUGUGGGCCGCCACAGACGACAAAUUUUCCUUUAGACACUCAUUACAGUUGGAUGGAUUUGAAUUCACCAAGAGGAAUGUUUUGAGGCGAACAGCAUCAGUUUACGACCCAUUAGGCUUCUUAUCACCUUAUGUAAUCAGGUCCAAGUUGUUGAUACAAAAGGCUUGGUUGGAGGCACGGGAUUGGGAUGAACUGUUGCCAACACAUCAUCAGCGAGAAUGGACAAAGUGGUUUCGAGAAUUGAAAGACCUUGAACUUGUAAAAAUCCCAAGGUGUUUGAAAGACCCAAGUCCUAAGGUGGAAGAACUGAGCAUUCAUACAUUCAGUGACGCCUCAGAGAACGCAUACACAGCUGUAGUUUACGCGCGUCAUGUGUAUGAGGGUGGCAACAUUACUGCUCGAAUGAUUAUGUCGAAGUCUAGGCUUGCACCAUUGAAAGCAGUGAGCAUCCCCAGAUUAGAGCUUUUGGGUGCUCUAGUCGGAUUACGAUUAACAAGACAAGUUUGCUCUGCACUCAAGAUACCUACAAAUGGAGUGACAUACUGGGUGGACAGUAUGAAUGUGGGGUACUGGAUCCAAGGUCAAAGUAGAGAGUAUAAGCCGUUCACAGCCCAUCGUGUUGGAGAAAUUCAUGAGUUCUCUGCUCCUAAUCAGUGGUGCUAUGUUCCUACAGAUAUAAACCUGACCAUGGAACAAGAGGCCUGACAGUAAAAGAGUUAGCAAGUGCAGAUUAAUGGUGGAAUGGGCCCGAAUUUCUGAAAAGUCAAGACAAGACUGGCCAGAGUGCAAGUUUGACAAGCCAACGUCAACAGAGAACCUUGAACUUAAAGGAACAAAAGAAUCAGGAACAAAGGAUGCUACCAGUUACCAAAUAAUUGGAGAAGGUGAAGAAACGGCUAGUGUCAAAGAGGUGUGGCGAUUGGACCCCUCAAGAUACUCGAAAUGGUAUCGAGUCAAAACAAAAGGAGAACUGGAAAUUGGGUUGUCUUUAGUUCGUGUGACAGCGUGGGUGCGCCGAUUUACAGACAAUUGUAGGAAACCAGCUGAGCAAAGAGAGAAGGGUGAACUGAAGCCAUUGGAGCUUCAAAACGCUGAGGAAUUUAUCAUUCGGGAGGUUCAGUCUAAGGUGUACUCAGCGGAGAUAGAGCCAUUGAGAAGGAAUAAGGAAAUCCUAAGAGGAAGUACAUUGGCACCGUUUAAUCCAGUAUUAGUUGAUGGCAUUUUGAGGUCCAACACCAGACUACGGCAUGCGGACGAUCUCCCAUAUGAUGUUAAGUGUCCAAUCAUACUGCCUAAGAGGAAUCAUGUCACAGGACUGAUCGUUAAGUACUACCAUGAAUCAGAGGGUCAUCAAAUGGGGCUUAACUAUACGAUUAAUCAUGUACGGGAGAAAUACUUAGUGGUCCAUGUUCGUGAACAAGUGAAACGAGUCAUGAGAGAAUGUUUUGAGUGUGCGAGACGAUUUCGAUCAAGGCCAGCUCACCAGCAAAUGGCGCCGUUACCGAAGAUUAGAUUGCAGCAAUCCUCCAGACCUUUCGAGAGCUGUGCAGUAGACUUUGGAGGACCUUUCUUAACUAAGCAAGGCCGUGGAAGAGUGCGAGCUAAGCGCUAUUUGUGUUUGUUUCUCUGUUUGAACACCCAUUGUUGCCACUUAGAGAUGGCGUCGUCUUUGGACACUGAUGCAUUUCUUAACGCCUUUGUCAGAAUGACUGCGCGGAGGGAUGGCCGCAGCAAAUGUUAAGUGACAAUGGAACGAACUUUGUCAGCGCAUCGAAGGAACUGCGAGACCUAGUCUCUGCUAUAGACCAAGACAAACUACAACGGAUGACCUCCAAUAAAGGAGUGAGUUGGAAAUGGAAUCCACCUGCAGCGCCACAUUUUGGUGGAGUCUUUGAAUCUAUGAUCAAGGCAGCAAAGCGAGCUAUUUUUGCUGUACUCGGUGAUGCAGAAGUUAAUGAUGAGGAGUUGGAGACAAUCUUCAUUGGCGUAGAAAGUCUGAUGAAUUCGAGACCUUUAACAGCUGUGAGUGACGACCCUAACGACGACCGCGUCUUGACUCCAAAUCACUUUCUGAUCGGGCAGAUAGGUGGUGAUUUUGUACCAGAGAGCGUCGACACCGAGCCAUUUAAUCCCAGAAAACGCUGGAGAAGACUACAAGAGCUCACAAGACAUGUGUGGAACCGAUGGAUGAAAGAAUACUUGCCGCAGAUUGGAUCAAGACAGAAGUGGUACUUUCGUAACGACAAUUUGCGGGUUGGAGACGUUGUCGUUGUUAUCGAUCCCGGAACAGUGAGGAGACAGUGGAAUGUUGGGCGUAUCGAGCAGACGUACCCUGGCCCUGAUGGCCUUGUGCGAGUGGUGGACGUACGGGUUAAUGGCAAGACCCUUAAGCGACCAAUAACUAGAAUCUCCCCGCUGGAGAUUCGGGACACCGAACUGUAAUCAGAUUAAUGUGUAACAAGAACACUUCGGAGAACUAUGAUCUAGAGCUAAAGAUGUAUUUCAGUUAGAAUGUAUUCGAAUUUCAGCUUCCCUGUAAUUCGGGAGGGGAAGAAAUGUUAGUGACAUUUCAAGUUGUGUUACAUCAUGUACGGCUUGACAAUUAUUACGUGUUUCGGUCAUGUGACGUUGUUGUUGAACUCGGACUUUAGAACGGAAUUUGACUCGAGACUUGUCGAGAUUUUUAUGCGAGAUUUGGCGAGAUAGUUUUGUGUUUUUGUUUGUGAAGAUUUACAGUCUUGGAAUAGAAGUAACAUACACUAUGGCUCUUAUGGCACUGAACAGAUAUUAUAAAAUAGUGAAGCCUAGUAAGUACCAAGCCUUAUUCAAGAAAAAGUUCAUCGUUGUCACUGCAGUGUUAGCUUAUGCUAUACCAAUUUUUGUAGCGCUUGUCUUUGCCUUUGCUCUCAAUCAAGCCAGCAAACCGAGCCCCGGUUACGCCCUAUGUAAAACACAAAUUGGUGACCCUCGGUUUUUGGUAAUUAUAACUAUUUUACUCUUUUCGCCGUAUAUUAUUAUCGGUUUUUGUUACUGGAAAAUUCACAAGACAAUCAAAAUGCACAACGCCAGCAUGUCUUGGAAGACGUCAAACAUCCAAGACAUAAAAAUAAGCAAGACUCUGGGUGUUACCGUGAUUGCUUUUGUUUGCCUUUGGCUACCGGUCCAUGUUACAUUUACUGUUUCAAUAUUGGCGGGUUUUUCUGAGCUACCUCGUUUGGUAACACUGCUUUGCACUCUCCUGAUCUUCUUGGUCAGUUGCGUCAAUCCAUUUAUUUAUGGGUUCAUGAAUCGCUCUUUCAAGGCUGAGUUCAAGAAAUUUUUGUUUCUGAGACCAAAAUCCUCAGUACAGCCGACUCCC